CCGAGACGAAAAGACGCAGAAAAAAGUGCGAGAGAGGGGAGGCUUGUGCCAUCCUGACCGACGAAAGCCGGUAUAAAAGAAGCCGGUGCGCUUCUUCAGAACACAGUCGACCGAAAUUCGUCGUCAACACACAAAAACAUGAAGUUCGCACUACUGCUGCUCGUUGCCCUGGCCGUUGUGCUCAGCACAGCUUACGCUCAAGACGUUGAGCAGCCUGCCGAGGCCGCCCCCGCCGAGGGGGAUGACCUGAGCACAGCUGAGCACCGCUACUGGGGCGGCCGCAGGUACUACGGCGGAUACGGCGGAUACGGAGGAUACGGUGGAUACGGCGGUUAUGGAGGAUACAGGCCCUACGGCGGAUAUGGAGGCUACUACCGCAGACCCUACUACGGUGGAUAUGGAUACCACGGUUAAGCUGCUUGCCUGAUUUGCAGACGACAACUUGCCUCCGCCGACGACCCCAAGACGUACACACCACCAUGCCAGUUUCAUUAUCACUGAUUUUGUAUGAUCAAUUUGCUUGUACAAUUUCGUACUGAUAAAUCCAUUUGUCGCAUUUAUAAACAAUAAAUUGUAAAUUUAUAUAGAA